AUGGCCUAUAGCAUAGCCUCUGAGGUCACUUCACAGUCUGCUAGUGGCAUGUCUUCCACCACAGGCCCUGACACCACCACGUCCUCCACAGCCUCCUCCUCAGCCUCUCAGCUCAUCACAGACUUGUCCACUUUCACUGCGUCCUCCACAGCCAGCACCUCAGCUCCCGAGACCCUGCCUGUCUCAGACACAGCCUCCGAGAGCUCCCUGGGCUCCACUCCAGCAGCUGUGCCCACCGUGUUCCCCUCCACAGCCUCUGGGGACACCGAAGCUUCCACCUCACCUUCUGGACCCACCACAGCCUCUGAGGUCACCACCACCUUUGCUUUGUCCUCAUCGCCCAUCUCAGCCUCUGCCACCGCCUCUGGGGCCCCUGAAGUCUCCACCAGUGUCUCUGGACCUCUCACCGUCUCGGCCACCACCUUGAUGCCCACCCAAGCCACCGACAUUUCUGCUCAGCCCAUCACCAGCACAGUUGUGUCAGGAAUAACCUCCAGUGAGACCACAACAGCCAAUGCUGGACCCAACACGACCUCCACUGCCUCUGGCAUGUCUACCCCCACUGCAACCAGCCCAACUUCUGGUGAGACCAUCACAACAGCCAAUGCUGGAUCCAGUACAACCUCCAUUGCCUCUGGCAUGUCUACCCCCACUGCAACCAGCCCAACUUCUGGUGAGACCAUCACAACAGCCAAUGCUGGAUCCAGCACAACCUCCAUUGCCUCUGGCAUGUCUACCCCUACUGCAACCAGCCCAACUUCUGGUGAGACCAUCACAACAGCCAAUGCUGGAUCCAGUACAACCUCCAUGGCCUCUGGCAUAUCUACCUCCACUGCAACCAACCAAGCUUCCAGUGAGACCACCACAACAGCCAAUGCUGGAUCCAGUGUGGCAUCCAGUGGGAACAACACAGUCACCAACAGUGCAUCCAGCACAACCCCCAGUGGGAGCAGCACAGCCACCAAUACUACAUCUAGUGUGACCUCUGGUGGGACUAGCACAACCUCCAGCUCUGGAUCCAAUGCAACCUCUGGAGGCUCUGCGACACCUGCUCCAACUGGAGUGCUUACAACUUCCAAUAGAAUUAGCACAAGCGUUGCUAGUCCAGUGAGUGAGAUGAAGCCUGCUGGGUCCCUGAAGCCAUGGGAAAUCUUCCUCAUCACCCUGGUCUCGGUUGUAGUGGCUGUGGGGCUCUUUGUUGGGCUCUUCUUCUGUGUGAGGAACAGCCUGUCCCUGAGAAAUGUUUUUGACACAGCCGUCUACUCUCCCCAUGGCCCCAACCUUGGCCCAGGAACUCCAGGGAAUCAUGGAGCCCACCCCAGGAGCUCUAACUGGUUCUGGAGGAGACCAGUAUCCUCAAUAGCCAUGGAGAUGAGCGGGCGAAACAACGGGCCCUGA